AUGGCUGCCGAGGUGCCUUGGGUGGAUAGCUUGGAGCAAGUGUAUGGUGACGGUACACCGAAUGGGAUACCCUCGGAGUACAGGCAGAGGUUUGGUAACCUGGUGAAGACGUUUGAGAGGGAAUACGAUCAGAAGCCAGACUUUGUUUCUCGAAGCCCAGGGAGGGUCAACCUUAUUGGAGAACAUAUCGACUAUUCCCUUUACAACGUUCUGCCAACAGCAGUCGUCAACGACGUCCUGAUUGCGGUUCAGGUUGUGGAAAGCGGAGAGCCUAAGUUCUCGAUCGCCAACGUCAAUUCCAGCAAAUAUCCCAAAGAAGAAGCCAUCAUCCCCAAAUCAGGAGAGGUGACGAUCGACAAGCAGAACCACAAGUGGAGCAAUUACUUCCUGGCUGGUGUGAGUGGUUCUCUUCAGACACUACGGAAGAAGCACGGUGACAACUUUGUGCCAAAAGGGAUGAAGCUUCUGAUUGAUGGCAAUGUACCUGCCGGUGGUGGCCUUUCCAGUAGCGCCGCUUUCGUUUGUGCGUCGGCCCUCGCCGUGAUGGCGGCUAACGGACUACGAGUGACCAAACAGGACCUUUUGGAUGAGUGUAUCGUAUCAGAAAGGAGUGUUGGUGUCUACUCUGGAGGGAUGGAUCAGGCGGCUUCCAUCUUUUCGGAAAGAGGCUACCUAUUGUACUGUCAAUUUUGGCCCAAGUUCGCCGCCGAGCAUGUUCCUGUGCCACAAGCGGAUCCGGAGUUUACCAUACUUGUUGCUCAAUCCUUCGUUACGUCGGACAAGGCGGUCACAGCACCCAAGCAUUAUAACCUACGAGUCGUCGAGGUUACACUGGCAUCGGUCGUACUCGCAAAGCUCUUCGACAUCGCUCUCAACCCUGACCACAGCUCCCUGGGUUUCAGUCUGCGUAACUUCCAGGAGGAAGUCAUGAAGAAAGAUGGCAAGCUUGAGGAAACCAUGAAGUAUCAAGUCGAUGCUGUCAUCGACAUUGUCAAAUCGAGGCUUGAUAAGGACGCUUAUACUCGGGAGGAAAUAGCCAAGAUCCUAGAGAUAUCGGUUGAGAAUCUGGAAAAGGAAUACAUGUCAAAGUUCCCUGUUCAGGCGGACAGCUUCAAGCUCAGGCAAAGAGCACUCCAUGUUUUCGAAGAAGCAAGACGAGUAUUGGCAUUCCGACAGACCUUGUCACAGAGCAGCACCCUUGACAAAGAAAAGUUGCUCCGACUUGGAGACUUGAUGAACCAGACUCAGGAGUCCUGCGCCAAAACUUACGAGUGCAGCUGUCCCGAGAUCGACGACAUGUGUUCGAUAGCAAGGAAGUCUGGGGCGUAUGGCAGUCGCCUGACGGGAGCCGGCUGGGGUGGGUGCACGGUACAUCUAGUGCCGCAAGAUAAGGUGGACGCGGUGCAAGAGGCUUUGAAGAAGGAAUACUACUACAAGAAGUUCCCCAAGAUCACGGCAGAAACGCUCAAGGAAGCCAUCGUCAUUAGCAAGCCGGGCCAAGGCAGCAGCGUUAUUCACGGGAACGCAUUGUCGGUUUAA